CCUCCCCCCAGCACUGCGGUAACAUGGCUCCGUAGCGAGCGGCCCGGGCCGGUGCUGCCGCCGCCAUUAACCCCCGGCUGCCCGGCGGGGGAGCGGCCCGCGGGGCUCAGGCGUUGUCCGCCCGCUGCGUCUGCCGUCAGGAUGAGCUCGGCCGCCGGCCCCGCCGCUUUACCCCCGGGCUCCGCCACCCGGGCCUUGCAUGUGGAGCUGCCCUCGCAGCAGCGUCGGCUUCGGCAUCUUCGGAACAUUGCUGCAAGGAACAUCAUCAAUAAGAAUGGUUAUCGCCUCUUGGACACGUACUUUACUCUUCAUUUGUGUGAUAACACCAAGAUAUACAAAGAGUUCUAUAAGAGUGAGGUGAUCAAGAAUUCUCUGAAUCCAACGUGGAGGAGUCUGGACUUUGGAAUAAUGCCUGAUCGUCUUGAUACCUCUGUCUCUUGUUUUGUUGUGAGGAUCUGGGGUGGCAAGAAGGAGCACUUCCAGCUUUUGAUUGAAUGGAAGGUCAAUCUAGAUGGGUUAAAAUACUUGGGCCAGCAGAUACAUGCCAGAAACCCAAAUGAGAUUAUUUUUGGCCUCAAUGAUGGUUACUACGGAGCUUCAUUUGAACAGAAGGAUCACUCAGGUACCCUGAAGAACAGUCUUCUCCAGGUGGAUCAGAACUGUGUUCGUAACUCUUACGAUGUCUUCUCUUUGCUUAGGCUUCACAGAGCCCAGUGUGCAAUUAAACAGACUCAGGUAACUGUUCAGAAGAUAGGGAGGGAGAUUGAAGAAAAGCUGAGAUGUACAUCUACAAGCAAUGAACUGAAAAAAGAGAGUGAAUGUUUACAGUUGAAGAUCCUGGUGCUACGUAAUGAACUGGAGAGGCAGAAGAAGGCCCUUGGUCAUGAAGUAGCCUUGUUGCAUAAGGAAAAAAAUGCUUUGCAUGACAGAAAAAAUGCAUUUGAGGCUGAAUAUCAGAAACUUCUAGAACAAAAUGAAUCCCUGCAUGAGUUAAGGAAGGAGUGCACUGCUAAGAGAGAACUGUUUUUGAAGACAAAUGCUCAGCAGACCAUUCGAUGCAAGCAGCUGCUGUCGGAGCUAUCCUAUAUCUACCCCAUUGAUCUGAAUGAUCAAAAGGAUUACUUUGUUUGUGGAGUCAAGCUUCCUAAUUCUGAAGACUUUCAAGCAAAAGAUGAUGGAAGCAUUGCUGUUGCCCUGGGCUACACUGCUCACUUGGUGUCAAUGAUCUCCUUCUUCUUACAAGUUCCACUCAGGUAUCCUAUCAUUCACAAGGGCUCCAGGUCUACAAUCAAAGAUAAUAUCAAUGACAAACUGACGGAGAAGGAGCGAGAAUUUCCUUUAUAUCCAAAAGGAGGAGAGAAGCUUCAGUUUGAAUACGGAGUGUAUCUUCUCAACAAAAAUAUAGCACAGCUUAGAUAUCAACAUGGGCUGAGUACUCCAGAUCUAAGGCAGACUCUUCCUAACCUGAAAAACUUCAUGGAGCUUGGACUAAUGGUUAGGUGUGAUAGACACCAUACAUCCAGUGCCAUUCCAGUUCCAAAGAGACAGAGCUCAAGCUUCGGCAGAGUGGAUAUCGGCUUUUCCAGCGCGCUUCCUUCUCCGGAGAAAGGACUCCGAAAACGAGCCAGCACGGGGAACGAAAGACUCCAGUACAAAACUCCUCCUCCUAGUUACAACUCUGCUUUAACACAACCUGUUCCCAUCACAGCCCGGGUGGGAGAGUUAGAUAAAAAACCUGGAUCUCUCUCUUCCUCCUUGGAUACCUCCAUGGACUCCUCGAAAGGAAAUCCCAAGAAAAGCGAGGACUCGUGCGGCAGUUUAAAUGGAGAAAACGGGAACCUCGCCAACCCCCAGGACCCUCAGGAGUCUUUCCUAGGACAAACUAGUGCAAUAAAUGGGGCCUUUGUGGCUGGUGGGUGCUCUGGCACUGCAAGCAACAACCAGCAGCCCCCUGAGUUUCGUCCUCUCCUCGGCCCCGUCCCGUGUUGCACCGUGGAGCAAGCGGAGGAGAUAAUGGGGAUGGAAGCGACAGGGUUCACCACAGGAGAUCAGCUAGAAGACUUUAACUCCAUCCCGGUGGAACACGCUGUGGCAGUGGAGUGUGAUGAACAAGUCCUGGGGGAGUUUGAGGAGUUCUCUCGAAGGAUCUAUGCACUGAAUGAAAACAUGUCCAGCUUCCGCAGGCCGCGUAAAAGUUCGGACAAGUGAGCUCGGACCAGGGACUUGUUAGCAGACGUGGAGGUGAAAUCAGUGGAAUAGAGAUCAAAUUGCACUUAUUCUUUAUAUUAAUUAUAAAAUAAUAAAUAAAUUAAAAAGCUAAAGCUAUUCCUAUGGUGUUAGACAAACGGACUUGAGCACGAUAACACAGGAUCAUGGUAUAUUCACAGCCCAGGUAAAUUUGGAUUCUGCUCCCAGUCCUCUCUGGCUUUUCAUCUUCUGUUGGAAUAUUAUUUUUUUUUUUUCAGGCAUUGGAAUCCAUUUAGAAAAGGCUUUCCUGGAAACAGCUUCUAGUGCUGAUCAGGCCCUUCUAUGAAUAUUUGUUAAUUUCUUAAUUAUUGUUUAGAGUUAAUCUUUUCAGAAGGAAAGAAAAAAGAAAGUUAAUUUAAAAACACAUUUAUGGUAAGAGCUCCUUUACCUUCUCCCAUGGACUCCUGUGUUUUCUUGAGCAAUGCAGUCUGUUACAGAAAUACCAUGAAUUUGUUAUAAUUGGACAGCUUUCUCUUGGCUGUGCUCUGUAGCCUUUGAAGUUCUAGUUUGCACUGAUGGGUCUUCAGUUGAUGGUGUAAACGUGCCAGAGAGUGAGCACCCGUGUAAUAUCUGCAGUUCCCUUGCACCUGAUUAAUCAGAAAUGACAUUUCCCCCCCACCUCCUUUCCUCCACACUCACUGUUCCUACCAGUAGAAGCCUCGAGGACUAAAUCCCCUUGAAGGUUUCAUAUUUAAAAAAAACCUCUUGGCCUGACCAUUCCCUGCUUCAGUUGGGCAGAGACCUCAUGAGUGUGGCAUCUCAGUGGGGUUCAGCUGCCACCCUCCAAGGUGUCCAGUGGGGACAGCUGUGCAGUGCUCCACAGACACCUGCAGGAAAACCCAGACUGAAAAUGCAGCCAGCACUUUGGAAUCAGGCAAAUCUGUGGAAUCUCUCCACCCUGGGUGGAAAGGAGGCCCUGAAUGUUAUUCCUCUACUUUUAACCAUCUGUGUUUUGAAAGAAGAGGCUUCCAGAGGGUUGCUCUUAGGUAGGUUACCACUGGCACCCAUGUUCAGCUGCACUGAGGGGGAAGCAAUUUGCAGCCUGCUUUGUGAUUCCUGGUAUUUGUUUCAGUUUGGAUUUCAUUGCUCUUGCUUUCUAUAUUGUAUACCCAAGAAUCUGGGCUCGCUUGUGAGCUCUCAAAUAUAAAAAUAUAUAGCAGAAUAAAAAACACUUCAUCAUG